GUUUAUAAGUCAGCGUUUCUGAGCCCUACGAUUUAAAUUCAGCACUCAGGCUGGUUGUUUUGAUUAGCAGCUAAGCUAACAGGUAGGUAGGGGAAAGUGCGUAUCUGCGGUUCUGACUGCGUUCGUUAGCCGACAGUAUGAGCUCGGGUUCGGGACGCGGUGCUGCUGCUCUGUCGGUCUCCAAAGACUCUCCGGUUCGGAACGUGUCAGUAAUGGGAAACAUGCAGAGGCUGCUGAGCCAUGUGAGGGUAGAGAACCUGGCUGCGGGGCUGAGUGGAGGUGUGGUCUCCACCCUGGUGCUGCACCCACUGGAUCUGGUCAAGAUCAGAUUCGCAGUGAGCGACGGUUUGGAUCUGAGGCCGAAGUAUCACAGCAUUUGGCACUGCAUGAGAACCAUCUGGCAACAGGAAGGCAUUCGGGGGCUGUACCAAGGUGUUACACCUAAUGUCUGGGGCGCUGGAGCAUCGUGGGGUCUUUACUUCUUCUUUUAUAAUGGCAUUAAGGCUUACAUCAAAGAGGGGCGUCAGACGGAGCUCAGUGCAACCGAGCAUCUGGUAUCAGCAGCAGAAGCAGGCAUGAUGACUCUCUGCCUCACCAACCCAAUCUGGGUGACCAAAACACGCCUGGUGCUGCAGUACAGCACCGAUCCGAGUCAGAAACCAUACAAGGGCAUGGUGGAUGCACUGGUGAAAAUAUACCGUCAGGAAGGAAUCGCAGGACUGUAUCGGGGCUUCAUUCCUGGGCUGUUCGGGACGUCUCACGGUGCCCUGCAGUUUAUGGCAUACGAGGAGCUGAAGAGAGACUACAACAGAUACAGAAACAUGCAUUCGGAUGCCAAACUGAACCCAUUAGAGUACAUUACAAUGGCGGCUUUGUCCAAGAUCUUUGCCGUAGCUACUACGUACCCUUACCAGGUGGUCCGAGCGCGCCUGCAGGAUCAGCACAACAGCUACAGUGGCUUGGUGGAUGUCAUCAGGAGGACGUGGAGAAACGAGGGUCUUCUGGGCUUCUACAAAGGCAUGGUGCCCAACCUGAUCCGGGUCACUCCGGCCUGCUGCAUCACCUUCGUGGCGUACGAGAACAUAUCCAGUUUUCUCCUGGGAAAGCAGAAAUGAGACGGAGCCGAGGGAGCGACUGCAGCAAGCCAGCGUGACGUGAGGUGCUAGUCUAGCGCGGUGCGCGGACCCUCGUGACAAACCGCCCGACGAGGGCUGGAGGUUCCCAUGAUACGGGCUUGAUGUGGCUUCUGGCUAUUGUUUGGAAGAUAAUUAGCCAAAUGGGAACGAUGCGAGGUGCAAAGAUGGAAAGAGGAGUGUGUGUGUGUGUGUGUGUGUGUAUGUGUGUGUGUGUGAUGCAAGAUUAAAUAUCAACAGUGCAGAAGAGCUUUGUCAUUUUCACCAUGAUGAAAUGAGUCAUGAUAACGAUAUUCUUCUGUGUGUGUGUGUGUGUGUGUGUGUGUGUGUGUGUGUGUGUAAGAAAGUAAGAGAGAACAAGCUGGAGUUGCCUGAAGUGCCUUUAGUUUGUGUUUAUUUAUUAAAACACUUAACAAACAGCACAUCUCGAGAUGCUAAUUUAAAGAAAACACGCGAUUAAAAAUCUGGAAUGCGUCCUCUCCGUGUGCCCUGAGGUUCCUUUAAAAUAUUUUCUGGAAGAUUCUGAUUUAAUUAAAGUACUAUGAUUAAUUAAAGUAAA